CGACAGUCUCCUGGCAACAACAAGGUGGUCAUUAUUCUGAAGAUCUUCAGGUUUCCCACUUCCUGAACCCACCCUCACCCUCACCCUGCCCCACCCCUCCCACCUUCCAACAGCACCACUACCACCACCACAACCAGCACGCCUGCUCAAACUCAGUCUGCAACAGCUGCAGGUGAGUGGAGACGCUCACAUGCAAUAAGGACGGAAGGAAGCAUCACUGACACGCCCUUCUCCUGAAAUCUGACGCCGGGACCCUGGCGCCGCUUCAGGCAGCUCCUGAAAAUAGAAGGACACACUCUUGACAGGCUCCUGUCAGUCUCCAUCCUGAGCUGGUGAGGGAGGACACGUGCCAUGGGCUCUAGCUCCUCCUCCUACGCUCCCAAAACCAUCUACCUGGACGUAGACGGAAAAGUCCAGAAGGUGAUUUUCAGUCGACACUGCAGUCCGUGUGACAUCCGGGAGCUUCUUUGUUCUUCUUCCAACAUUCCCAGGAACACUGCCAUAAUGCUGGUGGACCCAGAGGGAACCCUGGUCUCCAUAGAUCCUACCAUGCCUACCAAUUCUCCUAGGUACGUAAUUCACACUCCUAGCAACUUAUACAAGGUCAUGCCUUUAUGCACAGGCCAGCUGGGAGAGAAAGAAGACAUGUUUCAGAAUGCGCUGUCUCAAGUGGCUGAUCAGUUCAGCAGGGCUUUCCGUAUAAACGAGCUGAAAACAGAGGUCACCAAUCGACUGGCCAUGCUGGAGAAGAGAGUAGAGUUGGAGGGGUUGAAGGUGGUGGAGAUUGAGAACUGCAAGAAAGACCUGAAGAAGCUACGUGAUGAGAUGGCAACCAGAACAGGAGGGAGAGUAAGCUGUACCUGCAAAUACAACUUUGAUGAUGGAAAGAAACUGUGUCCCAGGCGAGAUGUUCCAAGCUACCCAAAGUAUACACUGUCCCAAGAAACCAUCGAAGCCCUGAAGAAACCUACAUUUGACGUUUGGCACUGGGAACACAACGAGGUUAGUCACAUUCAGAUGCUGAGUUGUCUGGAGUAUAUGUACCAUGACCUGGGCUUGGUGAAGGAAUUCAACAUGAACCCCAUCACACUCAAGCGCUGGCUGCUUGGCAUUCAGGAGAACUAUCGCAACAACCCAUUUCACAACUUUCGCCACUGUUUCUGUGUCAGCCAGAUGAUGUACGGCAUGAUUCACCUCUGCAGCCUUCAGGAGAAACUCACCCUGACUGACAUGGGCAUUCUCAUGACGGCCGCUGUGUGUCACGACUUGGACCACCCCGGCUACAACAACACGUAUCAGAUAAAUGCUCGCACUGAGCUGGCGGUACGCUACAACGAUAUCUCGCCGCUGGAGAACCACCACUGUGCCGUGGCCUUCCAGAUCAUCUCCCUGCCCGAGUGCAACAUCUUUGCCAACGUGGAACUCGAGGUCUUCAAACAGAUCAGGCAGGCCAUCAUCACUCUGAUCCUGGCCACCGACAUGGCCAGGCAUGGGGAGAUACUGGACUCCUUUAAGCAGAAGGUGGACAACUUUGACUUCACCAACGAAGAGCAUGUCAGAUGCCUGAAGAUGGUUUUGAUCAAGUGCUGCGACAUCUCCAACGAGGUGCGGCCGACCGAGGUGGCUGAGCCUUGGGUGGACUGCCUGCUGGAAGAGUACUUCUUGCAGAGCGACAGAGAGAAAGCCGAAGGGCUCCCCGUCGCUCCCUUCAUGGACCGGGACAAAGUGACCAAACCCACGGCGCAGAUCGGCUUCAUCAAAUUCGUGCUCAUCCCCAUGUUUGAGACCGUCAUGAAGCUCUUCCCUCAGGUUGAGGAAGUUAUGGUGCAGCCCCUGAGGGAUUCUCGCGACCACUACGAAGAGCUGAAGCAGAUCGAUGACGCCAUGACCGAGGCACAGAAGAAAAAAUCUGAAAACAUGCCAUUAGGAGGGAAGAAGAAAUAGGUUCACCCGUGAGCUCGGUGCAGGUCACAGGGAAGCCCUCCAACCCCGGCCUCCUCUGUCCCCGGUCAUGCACCUCCAACCUCCACACACCCAUUCCACACCUGCCCUGAGGACCCAGUCAUCUGCCAGGGCCUGACCUCUGUUCUUCACCUCAUCCUUCAAAGACAUGCUCACGCUGGCCCUGUUCCUCCACUGACAUGUGACCAUAACCCUAUGUAAUAGAUGCAUUGUGCAUCUAUUACAGUCCCGAGGUGGCAACAGUUGUGCAUAAUUGUGCUGCCGCCGCUCCCUGACCCCUCUUGGCAUCACAUUGUACUUGCUGACACCCACCUUUUUGUUCACAGAUAGAACAUUGUCCUGCGCAGAAUAUUCAGCGUCUACCGGCUGUCCCAUUUCAGUUUAGAGUACUUAGAGAUAAAUUAAAAGCUUAGGCAUAUGACUCAGCUGAAGAAAAAGAGAACAGGCAGGCUUUUCCCAUGUAGCAGGUGUUUUCCUCGGUGAGUCCACCUUUUGCCUCUUUUUCCAGGAGGAAGCAGUCAACUCUGAUCACAUGACUUUGGAAGAGACUGAAGAAUGUGGAACCAAACUGUAGUAUAGCAGUGUACUGUACCUCAGAUUUGUGUAAAAUGGGCAUGAACCUUAUUUUGAUCAACCAUGUAAUCAGUCACUGAAUGUGUCGACAAGCUUCAUUGCCCAUAGACAAACAAACAGCCAUUGGUUUAAUUAUUGGUUCAGUUAUCCAGUAAUGAUCAACACAGCUUAAUUGCUGCUGUGUAGAAUUUCUUGCCUUGGAGGAUUAAAGUUAACAAUGUACGAACUCUUCCCUUUAAAUAGAAGUACAAAUAGUUCUACGGUUAGAAUGCUUCAUAUUUAAUGUAAAGGUUGUCCUGAGCUCAGGGGGAUUGGUUUAAAUUCACAUAUUUAUGAUAACUGACAUGAUGGGCACAACCCCAACAAAAAGGCAAGAUAAGGUCAUUCAAGAAAUGUUUCAUAAUAUCCUUUAUGUAAGUUCUGUAGCCUCCAAUUUCAUAGGUUUUUUCUGUUUUCACACAUCCUGACUGUACACAUGUAUUAUGGAAUAUAUUUGCAAAAUGAGUACUUCUAUAGUGUAUUGUUUGAUACAUGCAUUUAAUUUACAUCUCUGAACGUAGCAAUAACUCAUGUUUCUAUAUAGACCUUACUGUGUAUUUUGACGCACUGAAAGUACAAUUCCUAAAUAUUUGUAUUUUUGCCUUUCACUUUUUUGCUUUAGUACUUUAACCUGUUUGUAAGGGUGCACUUGAAUAUUUGUUGUUAGCAUGUAAUGUAUACAUAUACAUGAGCUGUGCACAGUUCACGUUGCAAUUACUCUGUUAUUCUAUAAGUAGUGUUAAUGAGAAGCCCUCAGACAGUUAACUAUUCAAAGAUGACACAGCUCAUAACUUGUCUGGGUUUUUUUUUUUGUUUUGUUCUUAUGAGCGAGUUGGAAAAACAUUUUUCCAUUGUGUUUUUGUUCCAUCAGAUAUAGAAUCAGAAUUUGAAUUUGCCCUUCAUUGCAUCACGACUUACUGUGUUUUUCUGUUGGGGGCACUUUCGGGCCAAGUAACUGACAGGGUGGCAUCACCUCAAACAGUAUGUUCAAAAUUAAGAGGAUAUAUGGAAAAAACAGUGCAUGAGGACACUAGCUGAUUUAGUGUUCAUUUGACCUUUCCUGUCCAAUUAUUUUGACUUAUCAAUCAAUACGGUGUAUCCUUUGUUUUUGUUUUUUUAAAUGCUCUUCAGCUACCUGCUGAAGAACCAUUAUGUUUUAACACAAGUGGCUGGGUUGUACCUCGCAGUAGUUCAGCCAGGCCCAUGUUGCCAUGACUCCUAAAUAGCUGUUUGUGUGGAUCUGGCAUACGCCAUUGUUCAGUGCUGAAAGGGAGGUGGUUUUGAAAGGUCUGGAGGGUUUCUUCUGCAGGGUCACAAAAACAGGCCACGCCCCCUUGCUUUCAUACUGCGUGUCUUCCCCUCAUGAACACCAGCAUCUCUUGUCCCUCCCAUUCCUGGAUACCCUCUUUUUUCGGAGACAACCCGUAAGCAGGAGGUAUGAUUUCAGUAGACCGGCCUCACGUGUCGAAACACGCCUGGUGUUUUUAUGUGUACCCGUGCCAUCUGGGGUUGUCAUUAACGUGUGAGUCUUCGUACGGGGGAUUUAAAGGAGCAGUUUUUACUGCUACUUUACCGAGCUAGUAAAAAAGAAAGGGGCACUUUAUUAAAUGUGUACUCAUUUAUUUUUGGGUGAUAAAAUCUAUUUUUUGGUGUAAAUACACCACAUUUUUGAUGUCCUCACUGGUUGUUUCAUUAAAAAAGAAAAUCUGUGUACCUUUUUA